CCCGCCCUUAGGUUAACUUUACCGUAGACCGACCAAACUUGGACAGUCUCCUACAGUUGGCCUCCCCGAACUUUUGAAGUCACUGGAAACUUCUCAGUAGGCGGUCAUAUUUCGAUGAUAAGCACACUUUGGAAGAGAUAAGAAAAUUUCAAGGAUUUCUCAUCGGUCAUUGGGGUUACUUUGCAAAUAGGCUAGGCCACAACUCAAAGCUCAACAAGGUUUUUGAAAAUGGAGACAAAAACCGAGGUAAUUGUUGAAGAUGACGAAAUGGAGGAUGGUAGUAUAUUUGUCUGCUUUAUGUGUGAGCAGGAAUUCAGUAAAGUUUCCCUUCUCAACUCUCACAUGCAGACUCACAAAAACAUGCCAGAAAUGACCAAAGAGUUUCCUUCACGACGGCGUGGUAGAGGUCGUGGGCAGGGGAGUGGUAGUGGUGGUGGUGGUGGAGGUGGAGGUGGAGGUGGAAGGCCACGUGGAAGAGGAAGAGGCAGGGGACAAGGAAGAGGAACUGCGUUACCCAUCCAAAUUGACUUGGAUGAUCCCAAAGAUGAUACUGUUUAUAUAAAACAAGAAAUAGUAGAGAGAAAUCCAAAGAAAGAUGGAUGUGGCUACAUGAAGCAAGAUGUGGAUAAUAAUAGAGUAAAGAAAGAGGAAGUAGUGUAUAUCAAGCAGGAAACUGACAGCAGCUGUGUAAAGAAAGCACAAAGAAUAAGGCAGUAUUUUCAGAGUCGUUUGUUAUCAUCAGGAAGAGGGUCUGAAAAGAAGGCCAUAACUUUUGAUGACGGAGAUGAUGAUUUCAGUGAAGGCGGCUUGGGAAUACCUUUGGCUGAAGAUGAAAUUAUGAUGGUUCCACAGCCAAGCAAGAAGAUGAUGCCAGUGAAGACUCUUCCAUCUGCCAUGAUUGUGUCAACAGAACCUAAAGUAUUCCAUACACCAUCUGCAAGUGGUGCACCUUCUACAAAUAAAAAAGUGAAACUUAGGAAGAAAUUGAUUGUGCAGGAAGUAGUGUAUGAGGAAGUGGAAGAUGAUGAAGAUGGUGAGGAAAUUGUCAAGACUGUAUCAUCUGUACCUAUAUCUAUGGCAACGCCAACUACAACUGCAGCCUCAGUUGUUAUAAAAGAGAAGCCGCAAUCAAAAGUUUUGUUGGACCCAGAUGAUGAGGAGGAGGAGGAGGAGGAUGAAGAAGAGGGAGAUAUCAUUGAGCUGUCAGAGGAAGAUGAUGUAUUUGACUUUCCUUCUAAUGUUGGUGGCAAGGAAGGGAAGAAACCUGGUCGACGAAGUCAGCCCCGGGGUGCAGAUGAUGGUCCUGGUAUUCCUUGUGAAGAGUGUGGUAAAGAAUUCCGAUCAGUAACAACCUUGCGAGUGCACAUGAGAGCCCACCGUGAGGUGAAAGAAUUUCCAUGCCCAUAUUGUGAUGAGGUUUUCCCUCAGCGUCAUGUCUUGCAUCAACAUUUGGUGAAUGACCACGAAGAGUCUAAUAAUCUUACAUGUUCAAUAUGUGGCAAGGUCUUCACACGAACAGAUUCCCUCAAGUCUCAUAUGGUGCGCAUGCAUGAGGAAGAUGGAGGCCUCAAUUGUUAUAUUUGUGGCAAAAAUUUCCCAAGUCAAGGACAGUUGGAGAUGCAUGUGCGUGUACAUACAGGUGAAAGACCUUUUAAGUGUGACUACUGUCACAAAGGUUUUAUCCAGAAAGUUCAUUUACGAACUCACUUACGUACCAUGCAUAAUAUGCAUGAGAUUCAGAGCACUCCAUGCAGAAUAUGUAAUGCCAUGUUGGAUGGCAGGGCAGGUCUUCGUGACCAUUACAGUUCUGUUCAUGGCCUUACCAAUAAUCAGUACAAGUCUCGUGUUGCCAAGUUACGGAAAGAAGGCAAAAUACCAGAGUUACCACCUCCUGUAGUAAAAGAAGUAGACCCAAGUUUAAAUUAUUACAAAGUUAGUGUAUCCGAGUUGACGAGUGCCACAUCAUCUACUACAACUGUGGCAUCACCUAAGAAAACUGUUGUGAAACGAACUGGAGGCACAAGAGGACGUCCCCCACGUAAAGUCCCAAAAGUAGUUGAUUCUGAUAGUUCCUCAGUUGAAACUACUACAUAUUGUGAUGCAGAUUCUACUUAUGGAGCAACAGAAGUGAAGUUUGAAGUUGAUGGAGAUGCACCAAAGCGAAGGGAUCAGGAAGAACUUAACAUUGUUGAGUCAGCAUUCAAGGUUGCUGAGCAGAUGGAUCAGCUUGGUGCUAAUGUUCCCGGGAGCACCACUAUUCUUGUUGCUGGACAGGAUUCUGCAACUACUGGAGUUUAUUAUGCCAUACCAGUGGUAAUGGAAAAUAAUACCUCAUCCACAACUACAACAACCACAACUUCAAACAUCAUACAGUCAGCACCAACUUCAUCAAAUCAGGAAGUUGCAAGCCAAGAAGCAGUAACAGCCACUGUUACUAGUACAGUAACUGCUAAUGGUACACCAAUGAUAUCUACCACAACUUCUGAUGCCUCAUCACUUCAACCUGUACAGUUUGGACAAGAGGAAAUUGAUGAGGAAUAUGCUCAAUUUGCAGCUGAGCAUUCACAUAUGGAGAGUGAGGGCUUUCAGUCAGAAGAACUUAACAAUAAGGGUUCUAUUGUUAGAGCCGAACCUCUGCAACUGUUUACUGACCCUAAUGAUCCAUUACAGUCAGAAUCUGUAGAAAUGUUUACCAUGUAACAGACAGUGACAUCAUUUUGGCUUUUUGUAGGAUAGUUGUACAGUAUUUAUGGCUGGCUGGUAUUAUGUUCCCAUUUUGUAUGGAAGAGUGUACAGCACUCUCUAUCAGUUAAUGCAUGAGAGGUGAUUGGAUAUCAGCACUCACAAGUGAUUACUUGUACAUUGUAAAUAUAUAUAAAUAUAUAUAUAUAUAGGCAUAUAUAUCUUUUAUGAAUGAUUGAAAUAGUCUGUCAACUUUCAGUCUCUCAAUGCUUCCCACCAAAGAUUUUUUCAUAUCUCUAUUGUCUGUUCUGUACCAUCUGGUCAAAUUUAUAGCAUGUGCACUUUCAGUUCCUGAGGCUCAUGGACUCAAUAGAAAGCCUACUGAUUUGCAUUGUUGAAAAUAUUUUGAAUUAUCUGCUGUGAAUGUUAGUAACUUCUGUUGAAUGAAAUAUGACCUUUCUGAUGCUAACUAAUUUACGGGUUGAAGUGUAGGUGUAAAGACUGGAAGUGCAGAUUCUAGUCUAUGUUGGCCAUACUUUAAAUUGUAGUCAUAACACAGUGUGGUAGUUUUGAAAAUGUUCGGUUUUUCCCCCACCUGGGAUUUAUCAUGGUUAAGUUAGAGGACCCUCAUAGAACAUUCCUGGAUUUGUUAAGAGAUUUAUCUUGCUUUAUAUAUGUUCUUUCCUGUGCAUGAAUUGAUAUUGUUUAAUUUAAUAAAAAUUUCAUGCAUCUUCACAGGUUUGGUUUGAAUAGAUGUACAAUCACCACAGGUUUGGUUUUAAUAGAUGUACAUUUUUAGUACUUUUUAGGCCUUCAUUUUAAAUAUUUUUAUAAACACUUGUAACUUGUGUUGUUUGUUAGUUCAAUUUCCAGUGUGCAAUUGUUUUGCUCACUGUUGAAACACAAGUUUAAGUUUAGUCAUAACAGAUAUUUGGCCAAGUCCUGGGCAAAAUACUUAACACUUAGUCUUGUUAAACUACUUGAUAAUAAACUAUAAUUUUGUGCCAAAAUUUGGGGCAUAACAUUAGGUACUUGAAAUUUCUUGUUUACUGCUGUAACUAUCUCCUGCCUCUUAAAAAUAACUGUGUGCUUUCCCAUUUUUAUGGUUGUGCCUAUUGCUUCUUCCCCUUCUUUCUUUUUCCCCACUUUUUAUUCUCAGUUUUCAAUUAGACACUAUUUCAGGAUGAAUGUCAAGAAGGUCCAUGGCAAAAAAAUGAGAGCAAAUUAAAUUUCCAGAUACAGUAUCACAAGACCUCUUCAUAACAAUUGUAGUUCCUUGUUAACCAACCUCCAAGUUACCAUAAAGCUUAGAAUAUUAUGAAGUCCUUGUUGAAUCAGGUUUAGUGUUUGUUUACCAUCAAUUUUGUGUUACCCAGUAAUUGGUGCCAAGGUGGAAAAGAGAAGUACUGUAUUUCCUUAAGUAUUGUGGCAAUUUUUGUGGUUUUUAUAGUAUUUGGAAAUUAGACCAAUCAAUUAUUUUGUCAAAGCCAUUACGUAUUUAUAUUUUAGAUGAAGAAAAUUGUCCACUUGUAGCCAGGUUUGAAUGUUAGUAGAAACUUAAAACAUUUAGUGUACAAAGAAGGAAGUUAUUUAAAUUUGUAAUAAGUUUUUCGGAUUAUUUUUAUGUGAUUUUGGCAAACUUUUUAUCUUUUUCUAAUGAUAAAUUUUAGAUGUGUUUCUAAUGACACAUUUGAAAUGUAUUUAUAUUUACAAAUUUGGAAUGUAUUUCCAAUGGUAAAGGGAGGCCACAAUGGGAAAUCAGGGUAUGUUGAGGGGAGGCAUAAGGUGGAAGGCAAAUGGUCAAGGUGUGUAAGAAAAUGAAUUAGUUUAUAAUUUAAGUUGCCUUAGAUCAGGUUUGGAAGGGGUAGGACCCAGCACUUUAACUCUUGUGCACAGGCCGAAAAUAAUGCUCAUGGAAAAGUUGUUUGGUAAAAUUUGGUACAUCCGAACUAUAACUGAUAUACGCUUCUGGUUAGUGUUAUUAUGUCAGCAAAUGAUUGAAUUAUUUCCUAAGGCAACAAAACAUCUUUAUGAGGCUUGGAAAUUAAAACAAUGUGAUGAAUAUGAAAUUUUUAAGAAAAAUCGUAGAUUUUUUGGAAAUAAUCAUGAAAAAUAUAAUAAUUAGGUUUUGGGAGUUUGUUUUCUACCUAAAUUGUGUAGAAAUGUUUGAUCUUUCACGUGGAAGCAAUAAUUUUGCUAUAAUUGUUUGCUAAUGAGCUAUAAUGGAUUAAAAAAUGGUAAUUUUUCAUGGAGUGCAAUUUUCAGAUUUUCAACCCACUUCUGUUAAUGUUUUGUAUCAUAGCUAAGUAAGCUAGCGCCCGUCGGGUUUGCAUUUUCUUUGAGAUUCAUCAUCUGUUAACCCAAUGGUGUCAACUACGUUUUCUAUGACGCGUUUUUUUUUUUCUUGAAUUUUUCCCGAAAAUAACUUGCAUAUGACGCACCCAGUGUGUCAUUUGUGCAUUUACGGAAAAAAUUUAUUGACCCGCUACACUUCAUCAGAUCAUAUUACCCUACCCAAAAACCCUGGUUUUCCAGACUAGUCCCCCACCAGAUAAAUCUGUUUAGUUUUUUGUAAAUUCUACUAUACAAAACUUAGGUGGAGCUGAUCUGUAUAAUUACCAGUUAAAUCUUAGUUCAGUUUAAAAUAUAUAUAUUUUUUGAGUUCAUAAUGAAAUUCAGAUUGACUUAUAACACGAGUUGCAAGCGACACUGUAAUCUAUCCUGAUUUUUUAAUAUCCUAACACGAGUUGCAAGCGACACCGUAAUCUGUCCUGAUUUUUUAAUAUCCUGUACACAGGUUUUUAAUAGCAUGGAAUGCCAGAAUGACUCAUCUGUCCUCAGGUUUUGCGGUUUCUGAAAGAAAAUGAUGAUUUAUAGAAAACCAGUGAUGAUGGGGGACUUUGGAAAUUUUUAAGACCAGUGUGAGGAGAGAAAGGUUAAACCUAAGGUAUUUGAUUAACUACUGAGGCGCUUAGGAGAGAUUGUUUUUAAAGUGAUUGUUUUCUCCAGAUAACCUUAAAUAUCUGAUCAAGUACUAGGACUCAUUGCUUCUUGUUGAAAAGCUGCUUUUUAAAAAGUUUUUUUAUUGCUGCCUGUUCUUUUGUUUUUGACAAAGUUGUAUUUUUUCAUAACAUUUGUUUUAUUUUUUUAAAGGUUGCAAUACAUUUAUUUUUUGUGAACUUUGAACAUUUUUAGUACCACUGCAAAAUUCUAUGACAAUUUCAAAGUGAUGAGAAGUAUUCUUGUACAAUACAUAAUUACAGGCAAAUUCCUUUGUGUGAGUUAUGCUUUAGAACAGAACAAGCACAAAAAUGGUUGACAAUUCACAACAACUGUUUAAUCCUUCUUUUUGUUUUAGAUUUGAAAAUAAGUUUUAUUGUAGUAUAUCCUGCUGAAUUAUGAAACUGUGAUCUUGCACAUUUGUACUAUCAUGUAAUAAUAUAUCCCAACAUGUAAUUCAUAUUGAAAGACUAGGACUGCCACAAAGGAAAUGGAUGAUAAGGGAUAAAGUCAGUGCAGCAUAGGAUUGAAAGGAUGGCGCAGGAACCUUUAGUAUCAUACAUUUGGCGACGCAGGACAACUGUAAAAGGUACUGUCCUAGAGGGGAUGUUAUUAACAACUCCUAAAUUUUACAGUAACUUACAUUGACACACAUUUUGGCUUUAACAGUGAUUAAAAAUUUGUUGGUAAAGUUUUUUUCAAUUUUAUACAUGUCAAAUUAUUUGUAUCAUGCAAUGUUUGUAUUAUGUUUUUGUCUUGGAAAACCUGUAUUUUUUAAUCUUGUAGAUUUAUGGGCUAUCCGUAUUAAGGUGUCACUUAGAUGCUGUAUUUAUCGUCAUUCAUUGGAAAUUGUUAAAAUGUGUAAGUUUGGUAGGUUUCUUUUUUGUUUUAAGUAGACCAUGUAAAAAUAAUUCUGUAUAAAUACCAUGUUGACGUGCACUCUCAUGGUAUUGCCCAACAAUAUAGUGUUGAUUGCAGUUAAGGAGCUCAGGCUUUAAGUAAUUUAAAAAAGGUAGAAAACUGAUACUUGGAGAAAGUUGCAGAUCUUCAAUUGGGGGUAUUACAAAAGUCAGGGACACUAAAAUUCCUUGGCUUUAAAAGCCAGCAAAUCUUAGCGUGUCACUUUUUUAUUUUUAUUUUUAACAGAAAGCCAUACACUGUAACAUGUCUAUGGGUAUUCUUAAUUUCAGACAUAAAAAAAAUUAUACCUAUACUACUAAGAUACUUUCAAGAUUUGAAGAGAAUUGUUGCUUUACAGUCUGGUUGAUUAAAGAAUUGGGAAAUAUGGAUUUACAAGUUUCAAUCAUUGAAGGUUAACAAACAGCAUGUAUUGGGAAGUAGAAACUGGACUGUGUAUUCACUAUUAUUGAAGGUUAUUAGUGCCUUAGAUUAGUUCAUUACUGUAGCAUUCAUUAAUACAAGAAACACAGAAAUAACAAAUGGGUUUUUUUUUUUUUUUUUCGGAGGAAUUACGUUACGCCAAUUGUCAAUAUUUGUUCUUUUAUGAGAAAUACCUUACAACAUUAUUAGUCUUCAGCAAUAAUAUUAUUUUGAUUUUAUUGUAUUCAGGUUAUAGAUAAGCUGAGAUAUCGCUUGUGAAUAUGAAGGCUUUAUCAUUUGUUGGAAAUGAUUCAGCCAAAUUUCAAGGCAUUGCAAAAUUGUUAAAAUGAAUUUAAUUGGUCAUUGGUACUACUGCUUUACUGACUAUUGCAACAAAAUGAUUCUUAUGUUUUAUUACACUUCACUGCACACCUUUUAUAACUAUGUUAAGAGGUUUUAUGAGCUUCAUGGUCAACUAUGUUUGAGCAAGUUUUAUGUACUUUACGAUAGUUUCUUAAACCAGGUGAGAGGCACCCUUUAUAGAAGUCAGUAUGCCAUUAAUUAAACUGAAUUUACGGAAAAAAAAAAAAAAAAUUCUUGCAUACCCAUGUUAUCAUAAUUCUGUAUUGGCUUUGAGUCAGGGUUUGGUUUUAUUACAGCCAUUGACCAGAAAGUACUCUUAAUGAAUUAUGUUUAGUAGGGCAAUGUAGAUAACUUUUGAUGUACAUAUUACCAUAAAUGAGUCAUGCUUCCUUUUUUCACUUUUUCUGAUGUAUGAUAUCACAAAGGUGAUUAAAUGCUGAAUCAUAUCAAGCUGUAAAUUUUAUCAUUCUGUCUUCUCUUUAACUAUAUAUACAGUACAGUACUUUGAAACUAGUCUUAAUACAACAUGGGUCAUUCAGAUGUUUUUAUUUUGCUAUUAUUUUCCUAUGUGAAAUUUGCAACACUGGAAGUUACAUGUAUGCCAAGUUGAAUAUUCUGUAUGUAUCCAGCAAAGAAUGUAUGAUGUGUCUGAUACUAGCAUAGAGAAGUUCUGUAGUACAUAACAGUAUAUUUUUAUGAUGCAGUUUACACAUUUAUGAUACCUGUAUUUUUAGGUAAUAUUUAUGCAUGUAAAUUAUUAUUCUAGUUCUUGUAUUUUGUCAUUUCCAGGCAAGAAUUGUAUUAUAGAGUUCACCAGAUCUCAUCAUAGUUGCUUGUUGAAAGUGACCAGUGAAUAUCUUCAACUUAAUCCUCUCUAAACAGCAAUCGUUGAUUGUGAUCCCACAUUCUUGAAAUUGACAUCCCUACCCUUGCACAAGUCAUCAUUCAUUUAUUAUACAUUGUGAUUGGUAAAAAAAAUUGCCAUGACAUUUCUUGUUAACUUUCACAUUGACUGUUUUUGUAAGAUUUUAUUUGUCACUGCUGCCGUAUACUAUUCACUACCAUCUUUAAAUUCUUCAGUUGAGAGGUAUUUGUGGUCAGUUCAAGCAAUCUUUUUUUUUAAUUCUUUUCUAUGUUGUGGAAUGUUCCUGCUAUUUCUAGUGUAUUUCAUUUUCUAAUCAAACCUGCUGCACAGUAUUGUAAUUUACAAAGCACUUUUUUUUUUUGUGAUAUAUGAACUCUGCAGAAAGUGACAUCAACUUGAGAAGGGUUGAAGAAGCUGCUGCUGCAAAGUAGUUGACUUAUUGUUGCUUUAGUACGACUGGUAAUGACAUUCAUUAAUACAAGUCUGUUUUGUCACGUAUAUAUAUAUAUCAGGAAUUGUACUUAACUAUUACAGAUAGUAUUUUAGUUGCCAAAUUUGGUCUUUAUAUUGUUUGUGAAAUUAAAUUGAAAUUGGAUUAUUUGAACCAGUUAAAAGUGGUGUACUCUAUAACUUAAUUAAAAUACAGAGAGAG